AUGGUUGGUUAUAUGAUAAAAAAAAAUAAAGCAACGACUGUAUUAAAGUGUAACAUUGCUGAUUGUCAUUGCGAAAAAUUUUUUCGUGGUAAUAGUUGCAAUUUAUCAGUACGUUCAUGUGACGAAUGCAAACAUAGUUUUGUUAAUCAUGUUAUUAAUUUAAAUGAAUUAGAUUCUGAUGAAAUUAUAAAACAUUUAACUGCUGAACAUAUCUAUGAAUUAUGUAGACUUUGUUUAUAUGGUACAACCGUUAUAUCACCACGUAUAAAAAUUUUACUUGAUCACAUAUUAGAUACAUUAACUCAAGCUGAACGAGAUAAUAUAUUAAAAUCUUUAAAAUGGUCUAUUGAUGAUUAUGAAAAAUCUUACAUAGAACAUAAUUUCAAUAAUUCAUCAUCAAAUUUCAAUUUAAUAAUGCCAUCCUCCGACGAAGAAGAUCAAUAUUUAUUACCCCAAUUUCUUCGUUUUGAAUCAACUCGUUUACUUGCACAAUAUUUCCUUCAAGUAGCUCAACAACAACGUAUAUCCCCACAUUGUCCAUCAUCAAAUGGUCGUUCGCCAUCACCAUCAGCGACUGAAUCAAAACCAACAAAUUUUUCAUCAGCAGCACUAUCUUUAUCUGUACCACCACCAACAUUACCAUCAGCUACAACACCAAAUGUUUUACUUCGUCCACCAGGACCAUUUCCAUUUCCAUCACCAUGGCCAUCAACUGAUAUUCAAAUGAUGAAUUUACUUAUGGCACAAUUAUCAAAUCCUUUAAUGAUGAAUUAUGAUUUUCGUCGUAUUGGAAAUAAUCUUUUACCAACAGCAGCUGCUGCCGCUGCUGCUGCUGCGGCGGCUGCAACAAAUAUGUCUUCACUUUCAAAUUCAUCAUCAAAAAAUGAAGAAACAAAUGGUAAACAUUAUGAUUUACCUGAAAUAAAUAAUAAUGAAAUUAUAAGAAAAUCUUCAACAAAACGUAAACGUCUUUGUUCACCAUUGAAUCUUUCAACAACAUCACGUUCACCAAAUGAUUUACCACCAUCAACUGAAUCUAUUGCACGUAUAUCUGAUAGUUCAUUAUCAUCAACAACAAGUAGUUUAACAAACAAUACCAAUAAUAAUAAUAAUCAUCAUCAUACACAUACAAAUAAUUUAUCGACAACAACAACAUCAUCAUCAUCAGCAGCAGCAGCACGUAAACGUCUUUCAUUAAGUGAACAACGUAUUUUAGUUAGUCCACAUGGAAAGAAACGUGUUCAAUGUAAUGUAUGUAUGAAAACAUUUUGUGACAAAGGUGCACUUAAAAUACAUUUUUCGGCUGUACAUUUACGUGAAAUGCAUCGUUGUACAACACCUGGUUGUACAAUGAUGUUUUCAUCACGACGUUCAAGAAAUCGUCAUUCAGCUAAUCCAAAUCCUAAAUUACAUUUACCAAGACCAAAUGCAAUGUCUCAUCGAUAUCAUACAACUGGUCCGAUUAUAUCUGAUGGUAAACAUCAAUCACAAGUUAAUUUAUAUUUAGAUGAUGAAGAUGAUAAUAUUUCAUCAAAUAUAUCAUCUUCGAUGGAUGAUCAACAAGAAGAUGAUCGAGUAGAAGAAGAAGAAGAACUUGUAUCAUAA